UCGAGCUACGUGCCAUUCAUGUACUGUUCCGCGAGCUUUGUUGACGACCAGCUGGACUGGAACAGAGGGCUGCGAUUUUCACAACGCGAUAUACUGAUUUCAGUAUGCGGUUCGAUACCGAUGCGAUUGUUUGCGGCAGAAAGGAUUCAAUUGGCUUAAGAAACAGGUGCCAGUGGGAGAUGUGAAAGUGAGCACGAACGCCAUCCACCAGGUUUGUUUAAAGUGUUGACGUGUAGAUUUCCUAGUGGGAAAUCCCAAAACGCACCCCACCGAUUGAGCCGUGUACUGAAAAGGUGCUCUUGAAAAUGAAGAUUACAUAUUCACGGUUAGUGCAAUUGAGCGGUCCUUUUGUGCUUGUUACACACAUUUACCACAGGAGUGUGUCCCAGUGAAAACAAAAUACGGAAUAGAAAGUUGAAUAACUGUGUCUAGUGUAAAUAACAACAUUCCCAGACUGCUACAAAUGAAUGAAGCAGCGACGACAAUGUCAGUGUCAAUGACACCGUGCCGGAGGAGGUCUUCCGGUCAUUUGCACCGGUUCCAGUGGUUUUUUGUUAGUUUUGUGGCGCUUAUAGUUAUAGUGAACAAUUCCAGUGGUUAUUUUUACAAGGAUGGUGGCGAUCAAGCGGAAGAUCGGUUCUGUUUCUGUCAGCUACAAGGCACAAUCGACGACUGCAGCUGUAACGUGGACACGGUAGACUAUUACAACAAUGUGAAAAUUUACCCACGGCUGCGUAGUCUUCUAGUCAAAGAUUUCUUCCGCUAUUACAAAGUAAAUCUGGUGAAGGAAUGCCCAUUCUGGGUUGAUGACAGCAAGUGCGCCAUGCGUUACUGUCACGUACAGCAAUGUGAGGAAAAAGAUAUCCCACCCGGACUCAAGGGUGACACCUCGUCCUAUCUCAAGUACAUAAAGGAAGUGCAAACGCUAACCAAUUGUGACGAAGACUUGGACGUGGAGCUCGGCUACCUGAAUACCAGCAUCAGUGAUAAGGCUCACAAAGAGUUCAAGAAAUGGGCGGAUUACGAUCAGGCUCAAGAUAAUUUCUGUAUAUUGGAUGACCACGAGCCGGGUGCUGAAUACGUGGAUCUGCUGCUUAAUCCAGAACGUUACACCGGAUAUCGAGGUGAAUCGGCUCGGAGGAUAUGGAGCAGCAUUUAUCUUGAAAAUUGUUUUCAAUCACAUUCGAUUCGUCGUUCCAAUCGCUACUCGGCCAUGAUUCCAUACAAAGAAAUGACCCAGAGUGAGGUAUGUCUAGAGCAUCGAGUCUUCUAUCGGAUGAUCUCCGGUCUGCAUUCUAGCAUAAACAUUCACCUUUCUGCGCACUAUCUCCUAUCGGAGAAAAAUUCGAUGGGGUUCGUUUCGCCGACCGGCAUCUGGGGUCCAAAUUUCGAAGAGUUCGAGCGACGAUUUAGUCCGCAGACAACCGACAAUGAAGGAUCGCACUGGCUACGAAAUCUUUAUUUUGCAUACCUCGUUGAGAUGCGGGCUUUGGCUAAGGCUGCACCAUACCUUCGGAGUGAGGAAUACUUCACCGGUCGGGAGCGUGAGGAUAAGGAGGUCCGAAUUGCGAUCAAGGAUUUACUCAACGUGAUUGAAAGCUUUCCGUCGCAUUUCAAUGAAUCGGUCAUGUUUAGUGGGGGGACGUCAUCGGUGAAACUAAAAAAUGAAUUUCGAGAGAAAUUCAUGAACAUCUCUAAGGUUAUGGAUUGUGUUGGUUGUGAUAAAUGUCGACUGUGGGGAAAGCUACAGGUUCAAGGAAUGGGAACGGCUCUAAAGAUUUUAUUCUCCGGAAAAUUCGAUGAUCAAAUUGAGUCCAGUAUAGCGACUAAACUAAAACCCGAGAACUCGCAAUUCAAACUCAAACGAGCAGAAAUAGUCGCUCUGUUAAAUGCGUUUGGAAGGCUUUCGACCAGUAUCCAUGAACUAGAGGAAUUCCGUCAGAAGAUGCGAUAAACGCCACUUGUGAUAAGUUUAGUUAUGUUUAAUGACUCCUUUAGACUGGCAGUGGAAUGAAAUCAGUGAUAUGGGUGCUUACAAGAUACGCUAAAUCCUAAUAUGAGAGGAAUUUUCUGAAAGUCGAUUCUAUUAAUGCAUGCCCAUGUUUCCAACGAUCAUCGUAUUAGCCAGUUGAAAACCAAUGAUAGAUGCUUUUACUAUUGGGAAAAGUGUAAGAUAACUGUGGUGCUCAAAGAUUUAGCGGGCGAGACCUAACUUAAAAUAUUUCACGGAUAAAUUUGUGUACAUGUUUGUGAACAUAGAUGGACAAUGCGUACUUGUAAUUUAUAUGGAAGACAAUGAUAUUUAUAAGUUUGUAAAUAAAUGCAUAUUUUUACAAAAGAGA